GAAAUAUAUGAUAUGGAAAACAUAGAAAAUUAAAGAGAAAUGGUCUGAAAAAAUGCCUCUCUUGCUUCAUUAGUAGGAGUUCUUCACUUACAUCCAUAGAAUGUUCUUCUAUCCAUCUUUCUCCAAUUCAUAGCCAAAAACACAGCAAGAGAGUGCUGUGUUGAGAGUCCAAAGGAAAAAAGAGGACAUGGGGUUGAUUAAAUCAGCCAUUGGAGAUGCAAUUUUGACAUCAAUAUUUGUGUUCUGCAUCUCAUCUCUGAGGACUCUCACAUUCAAGACAUCUCUUUUCCUUGGUCUUCAAUCAGUUUUCCUUGCAACCCUCUUCAUCUCCACCAUCAUAAACACCUUCAUUGUCCUCACCAUUAGCCUAAUUGGAAGGGCCUUAGGUGGUGCUAGCUUCAACCCUUCAACCACUGUUUCCUUCUACACUGCAGGAUUCAGGCCUGAUGCAUCACUUUUCUCCAUGGCUGUUAGGUUCCCUGCUCAGGCAGCAGGUGGGGUUCUUGGUGUCAUGGCCAUCCUUGAAUUGAUGCCAGAACAGUACAAGCACAUGGUGAAAGGUCCUUCUUUGAAGGUGGAUUUACACACAGGGGCUAUAGCAGAAGGGGUGUUGACUUUUACUCAUAACUUGGUUAUCCUCUUUAUCAUGUUGAAGGGUCCUAGAAACCCAUGGGUGAAGGUGUAUUUGCUUUCUGUGGCAACUUUGGUUUUGGUUCUGACAGGCUCUGGAUACACUGGGCCUUCUUUGAACCCAGCCAAUGCAUUUGGAUGGGCCUAUAUGAACAACAAACACAACACUUGGGAGCAAUUUUAUGUGUUCUGGAUUUGCCCUUUGAUGGGGGCUGUCUCUGCUGGUUUGGGCUACAGGUUUCUGUUCAUGUCACAAACCAAGCAGAAGAAAGCUUGAGAGAAGACAAUUUGUUAAGGUUCUACAUGUUAAUUAAAUAAAUGUCAUAGAUGUUAAUUGGUUAAGCUUCAACAUGUUGAUUUAGAACUGUGUUCUUAAUUUUUAUGUGCUAUUUGUUGAUAGGGGAAUUUCAGUGUUCAACUUAGUUGCUAACCCUUUUUGGAGUAUGCAAGUCUUCAUGAUAAUUGAUGAAGUUGUUUUUGUGAGAGUGAGUAGACAAAUGGAUAGAAUGGAUGAGGCCAUGAGGGGGAGAGGGGAACUAGAAAUUUAUAUUGACUUGAUUUGUUUGUGGAUGAAUUACUCAAUUUCA